ACAUAUGAAAUUUCAUCUUGUGGUCCCUGCCUUGACGAAUAUAAUUUUUUCUUGUCCGCCUAUUGAAAUAUUUUUCUCUUCUUUUAACCCCACUCUUUAUACUUCAAUACCAAGAUGAUCUCUAACGUUUUUGCUCGUUCCGCUAUGCGUGCUUCUUCUCGCCAAGUUGCCCGUUCUGAUCUCUACCACUUCUCCAACUCCAACGGUCAAAACCUUCCUUUUGACACCAAGAACAAGGCUGCUCUUGCUGUCAAGAUGACUUUGUAUUUGGGUCUCGGUUUCGGUGCUCCUUUCAUUGCUGCUGCCUGGCAAUUCCACAAGGCCGGUUAAGUAAUAUGAACAAAAUCGAGCCUUAUAUCACAGCAAAACAAUACGAACAAAUAAAAUAAAAAAAGAAAAAGAAAAAGAGAUCUAUAAAAUAAAUGUCGAAAGUCGCACUCUUUUUGUCUAUAUAUAUAUGUAGUAUAAAUAAGACUUUUUACUUGCCCCC